UCGCUGUUUUUUUUUCCAAUAAGACGCUCAUUUUCCAUCUUACCUUCGCGAAAAAAAUGUCAAGCGGCCUGGAAGUCGAGCGAAAGCGAUCCGAAUCUUCCGAAAGCGACGAUGGCAGCGAGUACACGAUCGCUUCAACGAACGAUUCGUUCAGCUGUGCCAGCACGAGACCGCGCCCAAAGUUUAACGAGAUCGAAAGCGCCAUCAUCAACUCGGUGAUCGAGGAAACCAUCUUCAAGCUGAUCAUCGUCAACAUGGAGGACGAUCAGGGCAGUACGCCGAUCGCGAAGAAACCUCCGAUGCACGUGCGGUUCGAUCCGAGCUACAAGAACAAGAACGAAAACCAGUCGAUGGAGGUCGCGAUGGGAAUGAUGAUACUGGUCAAGCUGAAGAACGACAUAUCAAAUCUGCGCAAGCUGCUGUCGGACACGCACGUGGAGAUGGCCGAGUACGGAACGUUCGAAACGCUGCAAACCUUCAUGGACAACGACAUCCAGAGCGAAAAGGAGGAACACCAGCUGAUCCGGGACAGCAUCCUGAACGACAAGAAGCUGAAGGUGCUGCAGGCCCGGCUGGACGGCGAAACGAAGGAAAAGCGAAGUCUGCUGAAGCAGUUGGAUGACGAGAUCUUCGACUUGGAAACACGGGCCCAGGAAACCAAGGUGGAAAACGACGUCAAGUCACGGCUGGUGCAAAAGUGGGAAGCCACCCGGCACGAGCAGGCGCAAUUUGUGAUCGAGAACAAGGAGAAUGGGCUGCUGAACAGUUCGAAAAAGACGAGGGAUGAUAUUGAUCGCGAGCUGAGGCUGAAGAGUGAAAUCGAUGUUUACAUCAACUACUGUAUCGAUCAGAUCAACGACAAGAUCUCGUUCUGGACGGACAAGUACCAGCGGGAGGUGAAGGCCUUCGACGCGGAUAUUGCGCGCCAUCGCGAUCAUACCGCUGAGCUCAAGGUAAAAUACGAGGAGAUGGUUAUUCUGUACAAGCACCGCGAAAAGGAGAUCAAAAUCUGCGCCGAGUCGCGCAAGGAGCGCGAAAAGCAGAUGGCAUUCGCCGACAUGCAGCUCCGGUCCGCCAUCAAGAUUCAGGCCUGGUGGCGCGGUACGAUGGUCCGCAAGGGACUGGGGCCGUUCAAGAAGAAGAAGAAAUCCAAACCACCCAAGGCGUCCAAAAAGGGCAAGAAGGGAAAGUAGAAGUCGAAGAGUGGGCAUUUCUUUUGUGUUCUACGGAUUAAGUGUGUGUCGAUUUGAUUUUGUUUUUUAUUAAAAAGUGUGUGUAUUUUUAGCGCUAACACAGUCCAAUAUGUUAUUCGAUAGAACGGGAGUCAGAUCUGUAUUU